GUCAAAAAGCAAGCAUGCAUGGCAUGCUCCAGCGUCCAAACUUCCAUUGGCAUCACUUGUUGGCGCUGGCAAGUCUACUGAGCGCAUUGCCCCAGAGUGGGCUUGAAGUUGUGUGGGUUCCAACAAAGGCGACCUUUACUUUGUUUGCUGCGAUGUGAAGCUUGCAGCAUUUGAGACAAUGCCACAUGAAGCCAGCAUUGGAUCUGACUGAAAGCUUGCAGCCCGAGGCUUCACGUUGACUUGUAGAUGGAUCCAGCAGCCCAACAAUGGCGCGGCUGAGAUACAUCAUGCUCCUACAGCGAGACGUUCCGAGGGCGGCGAAAUUUUACAGCGAAGGAUUGGGUCUAACAGUCAAUGUGUGCUCAGACCGCUGGGCGGAGCUGCAGUCUGGGGACAUGAAGCUAGCCUUGAAACAAGUGGACAGCGAGGCCCAUUGCACCACUGGCUACAGCCCCUUCCUCCACUUUGACGUCGAUGAUCUGGAUGGAACUGUUCAGCGGUUGCUGUCCCUUGGAGCAUUCCUGGACGGGCCCAUAAAGUAUCCAACACAUGGAAAGGUAGCUGCCAUGCGGGGCCCGGACGGCCACAUGCUUGGACUACACGAGCCGGCUUUGAGCUCGUAGACCUCUGUCGGAAAGGUUGCGCCCUGAGUAGGCAGCUUAGAGAAUAGGUCGCCAGACUGCCCUCCAAAGACUCUGGGAACCGUUGCUCCUCUGUUUCUGUUGCACCGACAUGAUCGACGAACUGCCUGUACGAUCAUGACAAUGGCGGCAGAAAGCUAGCUCCUCAAACCAUUGACUUUGCACGAAUUGGAAGGAUCGAUCAGGCCAUGCACAUGUGCCUUCACAUUAUUACCAGCGGCUAUUUAGAAGGCCUCAGCCAGACCCCA